AUUUAGAAAUCCCAACCCAUUGCUCUUAAAGUCCAAAAUCACUAAGAAACACAUCAAACAAAUUAUUCCACAGAUCAAAGAGAGAGAAAAUGAUGAGACUUGUAAUAAUAUUGGCGAUUUUGUGUGCAACAAAUUGCAGAGCUCAUCAAGAAAAGAGAAGCUGCUCUGCUUCUUGCGGCAACAUUCAAGACAUCCGUUAUCCCUUCCGAUUAACCGCCGGCGAUCCAAACUCCUCCUGCGGCCUCUCCACCUACGAACUCACCUGCCAAAACAACCGCACCAUUCUAAACCUCAACUCCAAAAAAUAUUUUGUGCUCUCAAUCACUUACACUAACUUCUCAAUCCGAAUCCUCGAUCCCGGCCUACAAAACAAAACCCACACCUCUUCCCCUUUCCCUCUUCACAAUCUCAAUCCCCAACACCUGCCCAGAAGAUAUCACUUAUUCCAGCGCCGGUUCAACUCGCCGGCGGCAUUCCUCAGCUGCAGAAACCCUGCAAACUCUUCCUUGUACGUGAAAUCCCAAUCCGAGGAUUCAUCCUUUUCCUAUGUCUUAGUUGGGAAACAUGUAGAUGUCGGAAAAAUUGAGGAUUCUUGCAGCAUAACCGGCGCUGCUUGGUUCUCCACAUCUCAGCUGUCUCCAUACCCAGGAAAGAUGUCUCUUGGGAAAAUCCAUGACGCACUAGCUUAUGGGUUUGAGCUCUCAUGGCUUCCCCUCAAGUGCAGUGCAGUGUGUGGGAAAAAGCAUUGCAGAAUUGAAGACGACAAUACAAUUGCCUGCGUCUACGCCUCCCGCCUUGCUUCAAACUCUAAUUCCAUGCCCUUAUUACACAAGUGUGAAAUUUUUGGUCCAUUUCUCGUGGUGUCGUUGGUCAUUCUUGCCACCAUUGGUAUUUAUUUCUUAAACAAAAAGAAAAAGGAGCAGAUGAAGAUUGAAAGGUUUUUGGAUGAUUACAAAGCUCUCAAACCAGCAAGGUAUUUGUAUGCAGAUAUCAAGAAAAUCACCAACAAAUUUAGUGAAAAAUUAGGCGAAGGAGCCUAUGGAACUGUGUACAAAGGGAAACUUUCAGAUGAUGUUUUUGUUGCUGUUAAGGUCCUCAACAAUUCCAAAGGAGAUGGGGAAGAGUUUAUCAAUGAAGUGAGCACAAUUGGAAGCACACACCAUGUCAACGUGGUUCGAUUGGUUGGCUAUUGUGCUGAUGGGUUUCAUCGAGCUCUUGUUUAUGAAUAUUUAGUGAACGAUUCUCUUGAAAAGUUUAUAUUUUCUCCGAACGAAAAAAAUUUUCUUGGUUGGGAGAAACUGCAACAGAUUGCUCUAGGCAUAGCCAAAGGAAUUGAGUAUCUUCACCAAGGAUGUGACCAAAGGAUCCUCCAUUUCGACAUUAAACCUAAUAACAUAUUGCUGGAUGAAAACCUCAACCCAAAAAUCUCGGAUUUUGGUCAAGCGAAGUUGUGCUCCAAGGAAAAGAGCAUUGUCUCUAUGACCAAUGCGAGAGGGACCAUGGGUUAUAUCGCACCAGAAGUCUUCUCCCGAAACUUUGGAAACGUCUCGUAUAAGUCAGACGUUUAUAGUUUUGGAAUGCUUUUGCUAGAAAUGGUGGGAGGAAGAAAUAAGAGUGAUGACGUUGGAUCAUCUGAAAUCCCGGAAUGGAUUUACAACAUGAUGAAUAAGGGAGAAGAAGAAAUAGAGAAUGAGGGUGAUGAUUGUAAGAUUGCAAGGAAGCUAACAAUUGUAGGACUUUGGUGCAUUCAGUGGUACCCAGUGGACAGGCCUUCAAUAAAAGUUGUGAUUCAGAUGAUUGAAGCUGAGGAGCCUCCCUCCAUGCCACCAAAUCCCUUUGGUUCCACUCAUCCAUCCUGUGCUAGAGCAAGUAAGCCUGGGAAAAUGUUUACCAGUGGACUAGAAAUUAUUACCGAGUCUGAAGGAUGACUCUUUCAUUGCAUAAUAUUAUGUAUAUAUUACUAUGUAGUGUGAUGACACUUCUGUUCGAACUCUUUACGUG